AUGGAACUGCGGGUGGGUAAAAAGUACCGUCUCGGUCGGAAGAUCGGUUCCGGUUCCUUUGGAGAUAUUUAUCUCGGAACGAACAUGACUACGGGUGAAGAAGUUGCCAUCAAGCUCGAAUCGGUCAAAACCAAACAUCCGCAGUUACUCUACGAAAGCAAGAUUUAUCGCAUUCUGCACGGCGGCUUGGGAAUCCCGAACGUUCGAUGGUACGGUAUCGAAGGCGAUUACAACGUCAUGGUGUUGGACCUGCUGGGUCCAUCACUGGAAGACUUGUUCAACUAUUGCGGUCGUCGUUUCCAACUCAAGACUGUCCUCAUGCUGGCUGAUCAACUGUUGUCGCGGCUCGAAUACGUGCACACCAAGUCUUUUAUUCAUCGGGACGUCAAACCGGACAAUUUCUUGAUUGGUCUCGGCAAGCGACAGUCGGUCAUUCACAUUAUCGAUUUUGGUUUAGCCAAAAAGUACCGAGACCCACGUUCGCAUCAACACAUUCCCUACCGUGAAAACAAGAACUUGACAGGAACGGCCCGAUAUGCCUCGAUCAAUACGCACAUUGGGAUCGAACAGUCGCGACGGGACGAUCUCGAGUCGCUCGGUUACGUUCUCAUGUACUUUAUUCGCGGCUCCCUCCCUUGGCAAGGACUCAAGGCAAAUACCAAGAAACAGAAGUACGAGCGCAUCAUGGAUCGCAAAAUGAGUACCAGUACAGAGCAACUGUGCAAGGGAUACGCCACAGAAUUUCGUUCGUAUUUCGAGUACUGUCGGUCGUUGAGAUUCGAAGAUCGACCGGAUUACGCCUACCUCAAACGUCUAUUCAAGGAGCUGUUUUAUCGCAAAGGAUUUCAAUACGACAACAUGUUUGACUGGACGGUUUUGAAUCUGCAGCAAGAGCUCAGUGUUGCGAAGCAAAAUUUUCGUCAACGAUUGUAG